UCGGGCCUCCUCGGCGCCGCUCGGUGGGAGGCGGGCCAGCCGCUGCUAUGGCGUCCCCGUCGCGGCGGCUGCAGACCAAGCCGGUAAUCACCUGCCUCAAGAGCGUCCUGCUCACCUACAGCUUCGUCUUCUGGGUGUCGGGCAUCAUCCUGCUGGCCGUGGGCGUGUGGGGCAAGGUGAGCCUGGAGGCGUACUUCUCCCUGCUGGACGAGAAGGCCGCCGACGUGCCCUUCGUACUCGUGGGCACCGGCACCGUCGUCAUCCUGCUCGGCACCUUCGGUUGCUUCGCCACCUGCCGCGGCAACGUCUGGAUGCUGAAGCUGUAUGCCAUGUUCCUGUCCCUCAUCUUUUUGGUUGUGUUGGUGGCUGCCAUUGUGGGAUUUGUUUUCAGACAUGAGAUUAAGAAUAGCUUUGCGAAUAACUACAUGUUAGCAUUGAGAAACUACAAUGCAACAGUGGAUCAGCGCAGUGAGGCAGUGGAUGCUGUCCAGAAAACUUUGCAUUGCUGUGGAGUCCAAAACUAUUCAGACUGGACGAAUACUGCAUACUAUACAGAAAAGGGAAUCCCUCAGAGCUGCUGCAGACUCCCAGACAACUGCACAGAAGAUGAUUUGAAGGACCUGGCUAAAGCCAAGACAAAGGUGUAUGUUGAUGGUUGUUUCACUCUGGCAACAACAGUUAUGGAGUCUAAAAUGGGCAUUGUGGCUGGCAUUUCCUUUGGCAUUGCAUGCUUCCAGCUGGUUGGGAUUUUUCUUGCCUGCUGCCUUUCCCGGUACAUUACAAACAAUCAGUAUGAGAUGGUGUAACCAGGUGGCCUGCAGCCUUGCACCUCUGACCAAGAAAACUUCUGAUCUUCCCCUUUGGCAGAGCACUUCUCAACCUCCAGCCUCCUGGAAUCAUGCCUUUCCCCAGUCUGCUGGAAUCAUGUUUGAACUGUCUGAUCUUCUCAGCUGGCUCACGGAAACAAGUGUAACAGCUGUUCUGUUGUACUUGGGGAAUUGUUGAAACACUACUCUGAUGUAACACUGAAUGGGAUAACUAGUGUAGCUGAGAUUGUUAAAACUACUGCAUUCCUCGAGGCUGCCACAACCCUCAACUCCCUUCUCUAGCACAGGAAGCUCAUAUGCCACAUUGAAGGAGCCUACAGUGACACUACUCUCAUUUCUUACCUGCACUUUGUUAAUUUCUUAGAAUGGUGGCUCUUCGGAACUGUCAUACUCCACAGAAAAUUCAUCCUUGGAGAUGCAUCUCUUGCAUUGGAAAGAUAGCACUCUUUUCCUUCCUUCUUCUCUACUGUUGGCUAUUUAAAUCACUGUGCAACUGACUCGCUGUCCCAUCAGAAUUUCUCACUGUCGCAGCUCUUAAAUGUUGGGGAGAGCUGUUGUCUAUUGCAAUAGAUCUGAUGGGACACACUGCCUUGCCUACCGGAAGCCCUGUGCUUAAAAUGGUCUUGGUUUCUUUCCAGGGUCUUUCUUUCCCCAACUGGGGUUUUCAUAUAACUCUUUUUAAUAAAUGUAUUUUUUUUUAAGGCGUUUAGUUCCUUUCUCCUAAUCAGGCUGUAGUGUAGUAAAUUGUAGCAUGAGACUCAGUGUUGUAGUUCUCAGUACCUUUUUAGUCUCUGUAGGAAUCUCUCCACCAAGCUGGGUGUGACUUGAUCAUCAGUAUUAUGUGCUGCUUUGACUUGUCUGUGUAUUAAAGAGAAAUCCUCUUAUCUUGAAACACAAUAAAUAUAAAAGUAUUUUACUCUAAAAUAUUAA